AUGGAGGCUGUGGAAGCCGCGGUGGCUGGGUUUCCCGAGGAGGAGGAGGAGGUGGUGGUGGGUUGCUAUGACUUCGAGCCGCUGCCGACGCUGCUGGAGGAUGAGGAGAAUGUGUCCCUUGCUGAUAUUCUGUCACUGCGGGAUAGCUAUCUUACCGAGCAAGAUAUCUGGGCAAUUUGCCUGGAGUGUAGCCAUUCUAUGAAGAGCAUCUCCCAUUCAGCAAUCUUCCAGACACUUUGCAUUACUCCUGACACUUUGGCUUUUAACACCAAUGGCAAUGUGUGCUUCAUGGAACAGCUCAGUGAUGAUCCAGAAGGUGCCUUUGUCCCACCAGAAUUUGAUAUCACUGGUAACACAUUUGAGGCACAUAUCUAUUCUUUGGGUGCAACACUGAAAGCAACAAUUGAGUAUGUGACAGAGCCUGAGAUGGAAUCCGAGUUUGGGCAGGAUCUACAGACUCUGCUGGAACAAAUGCAAGAAGAGAAUCCUGAAGAUAGGCCAGAUACUGAGAGUAUCAUAUCAUUAUGUGAAGAAAAAUUGAAGUUUGCUUCCUCAAGUAAUAUUUGUCGAAGUCUAUCUGCUGUUGGAAGAAGGGUGCUUUCAAUAGAAUCAUUUGGUACUUUUCAAGACAGCUGUGAUAACAUGUGGAAGGGAAAAGUGUGCCAGACAAGUGUGGGAUUUAAAUUAUACACAAAUGAAAAAAACAACAUAGAAGGUGAUUCCUCUACAAUGGAAGACAUGACAGCAAGCUAUCACAGAGACUCUUCUGUAGCCAAUGUGGCCUUGAAUGCAAGAGAAUGUGGUUUAAAGGAAAUGCAAAUUGAUCUGAAUAAUGACAGAUCUCAACAUUCACAACUUGCAACUGAAGUUAGAAAGAGCAAAGAAGAGGACAAGCAUGUAAUAUAUAAUGAAAGAUUUGCUAACAUUGCUUUGGAGACAAAACCAUUUACUAAUGACAGAGAGAGAGAUGUUUUUAAGAAAAGUUGUUUGAGAAAAAUGAAAACUUUUCCAAAGCUACCGCUUGAAGUUACAGACACAAGUAAUGUUUUCACAUCUCUAACAAACAGUGGACUACUGGCUCAUAAAAAACAAUCACUAACAUAUGAAUCAGUACCUCUAGACAAUAAUCAGGUUGCUGCUUCAGAGGGAAAACGUAGUCCAUUCAAUGUUAAUAAUCCACCAAGAAUAAAACCAAAGAAUUACCAGGUCUCUGAUCUUCAUUUAGAUGCAUCUUGUGUGUGUACGCAGGUCUCUGGCAUGUAUCUAGAGGAAUAUAUGCCAUCCUUUAGUGGUAGAAAGAAAGCUUCUCUUUCAUGUAAUCAUAUAGAAGAAUGUUCCCAUGCUACCUCCGAAACUCGACAUAUCACUAAUACAUUAAAAAAACUAGAUCAAUCAGCUGCUGGAGCAGAAGUGGUAAACAACUAUACGGCACUGGAGGACUGUAUUGAAACUUCUCAAGGAUCAAAUGAAAAUUGUUUAUCACAUUUUAAUAAGAUGGCUUCAGUGUUAUCAACAAAAACCAAUAGGAAUGGAUAUGGGUCAAGCCUAAUUAGUUCUCCAGAAUUACUCACUGGUGUGAUGAGUACAAACAAUAAUGAAAAUCACUGUGGAAGCAGAGAAUCAGAAGUCAAAAGUAAUGAGCAGUGGGUCUCUCUGAAACUUCUUUUGUCUCGGUAUGGUAAGCCAUUGAAAGACUAUGAACUCUGGGCAUUAUGUCAUGAAUGCUUAUUUACUCUACAGACUUGCAUAGAUUAUCCAGUGUUUUUAUGUUUGGACUGUGUGCUGAUUGACUGCCAUGGAAAUGUUCUCUUUGCUGCUCCAAAAGAUGAAGGAUGUUAUGAUACAUUUUAUCUGGCUCCUGAAAUUGAAGAAGUGGAUUUUGUUACUGAGAAGGUCUGUAUUUACUGUGUUGCUGCAAUUUUGUGGACAGCAGCCAAAUACAAUUAUCCACCUGAUCACAAACUAGUGUUGCCAAGGAAACUAAAGACUCUUCUUCUGGAUAUGGCAAAAAGAAACUCUGAAGAAAGGCCUUCUAUAACUGAUGCAAUUAAGAUAUGCAGUAGUUAUCUACUUGAACAAAGUAUAAACAGCAAAAAGAUUCUGGCAUUUUUGAGUAAAUCUGCCUUCAAGGCUUUCAAUGAAGAAAUAAACUCUUCUCAAGAUAAUGUUCCUUUUGAGUUUAAAAAUAAAAGAAACAAAAUGGAUGCUUCCGAGUCUAGUGUAGGAUUUGUGCCUAUUACUAGUGAAAGUAAGCUGAUAGCAAUUAAAGGACCAGUGCCUUGUCAGACUUCUUUAAACAAUGAGACAUGCACAUUGCCUGUUGCAUUCACCUCUUCUGCAACUCACUUUAAGCCUAUUAUACUGCAGCAAAACACAGAGCUAACAAAAGGGACACACGCAUCCACUCCUGAGCAACUUGAUAGAUAUGUACAAAAAGAAAUGCAUAUGGAUGGUAACAACAAAUCAGUAUUUGUAGAUGAUAUUGAAAACCAUGCUGCUGAAGAAGUUGUAGCUGCACCUGAGAUACCCAAGCAUGAUUUAGACAUACAAAACCAUUCAUCCCAAAUACCUUCAAAUGAGCAAAAUCCAAGCAAUAUGGUUGCAUCCACAGUUGAAUUGCCAUCGCCAUCUGAUUCCUUAUGCAAUUUACAAGAAAAGAACACUUUAUCUGCAAUUUCUUCAAGCUCCUCUGCUUGUUCUACACCACAGAGGCCGCCUCUUAUAAAUAACUCCCUUCUCAAACAGGACCCAGAGACAAGAGUGUUAACACUUGUACCAAUACAGCUAGCUGUAUCCGAGCAAAUACCAAAUAAACCUCUUGAGUCAAAAAUUGCUUAUGAUUGCUAUAAACAUUUGCCUGUACUCCUUUCAAGUACAAUAGCAAAUUAUAACACUGAUAUAAAUCUACAAAAUAAUUCCUUCCUUGGCCAACUACAGAAUUAUGAGCCCACUACGGUACAGACCAAACAUGAUCAAAUGAAAGCCAAAAUCUUUAAUUUAUCAUUGCCUUCAACUAAUCAAAUUAUUCAGACCAGCUAUCUAGAAAACAAAGCAUGUAAUACUGAAGUAGGCAGUAGUUCACCUUUACCAGGACCCACAUCGCAUUCAUCAGUGAAUCAAAAUGCAUCUUCUCCCUUCAGUGUAGAAAUUUUAUCCCAGCAGCAUGACACAAAUGACACUUUAUUACAGAAAGCAGUGCAUCUUAUACAAGAAGAGUUUGCAUUUGAUGGCUAUCUGGAGUAUGGAGUUGAAGUUCUUGCUAUGGGUAACUAUAUUUUCACCUUAAAGGAUCUUAAGUUUGACACUUUCUGUGAUGCAGUCUCUGAGAAGUUUUGUGACCUUUAUUGGGAUGGAAAAUUACUGGAGAAUCUUUACAAGGUACUAAGUGGGAAAACGACUCCACAAAUAGGCGUAACUGAAACAGUUGGAUCAAAAGGUGGCAGCAUGUUCCACAGUUUGAAGACAUCUGACAGUUUUUUGGUCAGCAGCAAACAGACAAAGGGGAAAGAGAGACAGGUGGCCUCUUACACCAAGGCAAUGCCCACUACAGAUGUAUCAUUGGCUGAAAUGGACUUGGAUGAGCUUCCACUAGAUAAUUUUGAGAAAGAAUUGAGGCUGCAGAAGGUUAUAUUAAUAACAGAAAAGGGUGGAAGUUGUUUACAACGUAAUGAUUGUCUCAGUCCUGACUUCGUAGAAGAGAAUAGAGAACAAGAAGAGGAAACUUCUGAAAAUAAUUACCCUGUCUCCCCCAGCUCAUCGGACUUUCAAAGUUGUAGUCUUGGUUGGAGCAGUGCAUUCUACGGGGGUGAAUGCUUUAGUUCAGAAGUUUACAAUUAUAUGAAAAAACUUGGAAAGCAGGAAGUAAAUGAGUCACAAAAUAUAGAUUCAAAAAGAGUGGAACUUGAACAAAUACUAAUGAUUGAGACAAAAAAUUAUAGGAAAACUAUAAAAUUCUACCAGAAGCUUUUGCAGAAAGAGAGAAGAAACAAAGGUUCUGAGGUUAAAAGUAUGUUGCCCAAAUUGAGGGGACAGCUACAAGAAAUGAAAUCCAAGGUGAAAUUUCUUGAAUUGAUGAAGAAGUAUCUACAGAUCAUGUAUGCAGAGCAGUGGGGAGUGGAAUCAUGUGCACUACCUACAGUAGUUAACAUUACAAGAACUGAUGUGUUGGAUGUCAGCCCUUUGGAUGAGUCGUCAUUGCUCAUAUUCUAUAAUAUGAUAAAGCACCAAUAUAAUAAUCAAAACAGGUCAAGGAUUCUACAAGCUGGGACACCACUUGGGUUAAUGGCAUAUCUAUACUCCAGAAAUGCAUUUUUAGAAGGUUAUGUACAGCAGUUCCUCUACACAUUUCGUUAUUUCUGCACACAAGAAGAAUUGUUGAAGUUUCUUCUUGAUAGAAUCAGCAGCACUUUAUCCAGUGCAAAUGGGGAUCCCACCUCUCUGCUUAUCAAAAUAUACAACCGGAGUUUCUACAUUCUGCAGGCUUGGAUUGAAGACUGUUAUAUUGUAGACUUUGCAAUAAAAACUGAUCUUUUGUGCAUGCUACAAGACUUUAUUUCUUCCAAGAUUGCUCCAUUAAAUGGCUAUGGUGAACAUUUGCUGGCAGUGCUUGAAAAUGCUACUGGCGGGAAACGUGACAGUGCUUUCCAGUGCUAUAACUGGGAUGAGUGGAAGGAGGAAGAAGAGGAUGAUACAAAAUCUUUACACUCAUUGUGCAAAAAGCUCUCUGAAGAUCUCUCCCAAAAGAGCUUUAACUGGAAACUCGCCAAAGGAAAUGGCCCUAUUACACAUCAUCAGAAAGAAAGACCAUACACAGUUGGGUCAGUUUUACCGAAGCCAUGCUAUUACAGUUCUACAGAAGAAUUCUCUGGCUCUUAUGCUAAAGCAAAUGAAGGAGGAUCUCUCUUAACUGAAUAUAGUGCACAAGAGCUUUGCUGUCAACUGACACUGUUACAACAGGAAAUGUUCCAUAAAUGCCAUCCAGUACACUUCCUAAAUUCAAGAGCACUUGGUGUCAAAGAGAAAUGUACCACUGUACAAAAAGCUGUUUCCACUGAAUCACUGUCACUUAAAGUCUGUAACCUCUUUCUGCCAAAUUGCAUACAAGACAAGUACCUCUUACAGCUUUUAAGAAAUGCAGACAAUAUCAGCACCUGGGUUGCUGCUGAAAUUGUUACAAGUCAUACUUCCAAGUUGCAGGUGAAUUUACUAUCAAAAUUUCUCCUUAUAGCAAAAUCUUGCUAUGAACAAAGAAAUUUUGCUACCGCAAUGCAAAUAUUAAGAGGGCUGGAAAAUCUUAUAGUACGACAGCUACCAGCUUGGAAAAUUUUACCAUCAAAAGUGUCUGAAAUAAUGGAAGAACUUAAGGCUGUUGAGGUGUUUUUAAAAAGUGACAGUUUGUGUUUGAUGGAAGGAGAGAGAUUCAAAACGCUCCCUACAAUUCCAUCAGCCCAUGUUCUGGCCAUGCACGUCCAGCAGCUUGAAACUGGAGGAUUUACUAUGACAAACGGAGCUCAUAAGUGGACUAAACUUAGAAACAUUGCAAAAGUUGUGAGCCAGGUUCAUGCAUUUCAAGAAAAUCCCUAUACCUUUACUACAGAUUUCAAGCUCCAGUCUUACCUCAAACAAAGAAUAGCUCAUUUUAAUGAUGCAGAUAUUUCUGCUUUAGCAGCUGACAACUGUGCCAACUUCCAUCAGAUACCAGCUGAAAAACAUUCCCGAAAAAUUCAGGACACAUUGCGCAGAAUGAAGGCAACAUUUCAAUAA